GCCAUGAUGUGGUCCUAGCAAAAAGGGGUAGUGUAUUUAAUGAAAGUUAUGUCUGUAUUUAUGAUGUACAUAAUUUACGCUACUACGGUACGUACUUUGUACCUGACAGCAACAAAAACACAUAUUCAGCCAUUACCUGUGGAUCUAAACAUGGACCUAAACAUGGGAUCCUACCUACCUACAUAUGUAGGUAGGUAUGUACCUAGGUUAAGUCAUUCCUUCCUGACACUUCCUGACACUUACACUUAUUUAAGGUAUUUAAUCCGCUAAUGUAAUUUUGACAGUACUUUCAUCCCGAUAGCCUUUGAAAACAGGAAACUUGUAAGGUACAUUUGCCGUCACCAGCCUCUCAAGUCCUAAAUUCCAUACAAAGGAGUCUUAUGUAGGUACAACCGCAACAACGGCAGUACAUAAUACAGGAUGUA